AUGUCUGCGUGCAGUGUCGAGGAGAAGUCUCCGUCGUUUUCCACAUUAGACAAAAAUGAUCCCGUUGUCAACAGUGACGACAGUGACACCAAAACCCCAGGCCGGUCCGGGGCUCAGACCCAAGAUGAAGAGGACGGAGAAAUCAGCGACCAUGAUCCACCCCGCUCAAGGUCCCGUAGCCACCCUGUGCAAGACCAAAAACAUCAGACAGAUCGCCCACCACUACCGAAAGAGGCACCGCCGGGACAAGCGCAACCUGGGGACGAUGGCUGGGAUGCGCUGUGGGAUGAUCAAGCGCAGGCCUUCUAUUUCUUCAAUCGAUUCACCAACAUUUCUCAAUGGGAGAAUCCUCGGAUACCAACAGCAGCGCAGUCUGCCCCAGCCUGGGUAAAGCGGCCAGGCAACCCAGAUUCUGGCCCCACAAAGCGAGCAGGCGGCUAUGACCCUUCAAUCCAUGGCGACUAUGAUCCCAAUGCCGACUAUGCCAAAGUCUACGAGACAGAGAGCUCCGACGGCACAGUAGCAGGUAUAGCUGCGGCCACAAAUUCAGUUGGGUCAGAAGCAUAUGCGGCAACCGCAAGCUUCAACCGCUUCACGGGCAAAUGGCAACGAGGUGAUGUCAAUCCCGAAAAUUUCAGCGACGAGCAGAAAAGCCGGCGGCAGAUGAACGCCUUUUUCGAUGUGGAUGCCGCUGCCAAUAGCCAUGAUGGGCGAAGUCUUCGGGCAGAACGCGCGAACAAGAAACUGAGCAAGGCGGAGUUGAAGGCUUUCAAGGACAAGCGGAGGGAGAAGAAGGAGGAGAAACGGAGGGCGUGGCUGAGGGACUGA